AUGAACCAAUCAACGGUAAAAUUUUCGAAAAAAGGUUCAUUUAUUGAAAUAAGAAAAUUUCCAGCUGUCGGAUGACAGCGAUGGCAAUAGUAACAACGAUCGUUACGACUUUUUGAGAAAAGCAAGGAGACGGGACAUGCAAGAGGAGUACAGUGAGGAAAUGGGCACUUUCAAUGUGGGUAGAAAAUUCAAAAAAAGAAAAAAUUUCCUACUUUUUAUUUUUAAAUUCUAGAGAAAAAGGCCAUUUUCUAACCAACAAACCCUGUCGGACGAUGAAGAAGACGAUGGAGGGUCUAAUCAAAAAGCUGCCAAAACUGAAGAUCCAGUGGAUAAAAACUCGGCGGGCUACAAGCUCAUGAGGAAAAUGGGUUAUAAGGAGGGCUCCGGUCUCGGAAAACAGGGCCAAGGUGCGGAUUUGACGGAUUUUCCGGACAGAAUUAUGUUUUUUUAGGUAUUUCUGAACCAAUCGCUUUGUCUUCCCAGCGCGGUAGAAUUGGUCUCGGUCAUGAGGCCAAUAAAGUAAUGAAAAAAAUUAUUAAAAAUGAUAUGGGAGUUUAAUUUAGGUCCUAACACGACAAAUGGACGAGGUUUGGGACGAAUCCAAGGAGGAAAAGGUUUGUUUUGAACAAGAUUGUACAUUUUAUUCAAUUUCCAAAAGAAAAAUGAGGUUUUUUGCUUCUAAAUUUUUUUUAGGAGAGAAUAUUGUAGAUUUUAUUUUUUUUUUCGGGAAAAAAAUGGCUUAUUUUUUUGAAUUUUUUUCUUUUUUUCAUGAUGCCGUUCCAGCAAUAGUUUGAAAACUGUAAAAAAAACAUUUUUUUGGUUUUUUUAUAUAAAUUAUUCUUAACAACUUAAAUAUUCCAAUUUUUGAACUUUUAGACAGUUGAAGAACGGGUAGAGUGGUUCGAGGCGUGUCCCCUUGAAGUUCGCGAAGAAAUCGUCGAGAAUUUAAAAGAUGACCGAUGGAUUGUAGUGAAGCAGGUAGAGAUGAAAAAUGAUUCAUUUUUCAAGUCGUUGUUCAGAAAAAGUUGAUAAUCGACGAUGAGGUCGAUUUUUGUGACGAGUUGACCCUCAAAAACAUGUUGGAAGCCAAACAGGUGAUUUUUCAAGAAAGUUUUAGGGAUUUGAAUCGAUUUGGUUGAUUUGAGUUCAAAAACGAAAUAAAAAAUGAUUUGAACCGUACAAAAAUAGAAAGAAAAAUUAUUUUCGAUGAAAUUUCUGAAAAAACCAUCUCGUUCUUACGUUUCCGGUCAUAGAGCUUUUUAAGCUUAAAAAAAGGAUUUCAAGGGUUCAAAUGGAUAUGUUAAUAAAUUUGAUUAUUUAUUUUUGAAAAAAAGCUUUGAAAUGAACUGUAUGGAAAUUAGAAUUUUUUUUAAUUUUUUGAAAAAAAUUUUUUUAUUUGAAACUGAAAAUAGGCGAUUUUUUUGACCAAAGUUUAUUCACCUUGUUUUUAAUACACAAUAAGAACGAGAUUUUUUUGUUUUAAUAAUCAUAGGUUUAUUCACUGCAUACUGUUAGAAAAUAAUAAAUAAAAUAGUUCAGAAUACGAAAGCAGCAAAAUAACCAAAACGGGAAUUUGUAUUUGAAAAAUAUUCAGAAAAGUCGAUUUUCUAUAUUAACAGUGGAAAGUUUCAGCUUGAGUACCCUGUAGAUUUGAAUUUUAGUAUAUAAUUAUGUUUAGUUUGUUUCAAUUUUUUUGUCUUUUUUUGUCUUUUUUUUUUGAAUUUGGAGCUGAUAAUGAAGAAUUUUUUUCAGGCAUUCAUUAAAUAAUUCAGUUAUCUGAAGUAGGUUUUGAAAAAAAUGGAAUAUUUCGUUUUUUUCAAAUAUUCGCAUGUAUUUUCAAAUAUUUCUCAUGUAACUUUUUGAUCAGCAAGGGUUUGAUCGAAUAUAUUUGACCCUGAAAACGCAAAAUAUUUUGAGGUAUUCGACAACAUGACCGACAAAGACCUCCGGGAGGCUCGAACCCGCGCGAAUCCCUACGAAACCAUCGGCGGCGCCUUUUUCCAGAACCGAGCCGCGAUGAAAACGGCCAAUUUGGAUCGCAUCUACGACUGGAUCUUCUCGAUGGAAAAUCCUCAGACUCUUUUGGUGAGUAGGAAGGAAGUUUUGCCAUAUGUGAGGGGGAUUUUCUUUAAAAGGAUUUUUUCGAGUCGUAGGGCCCAUAACUGCUCUCACAGGCCUCUAACUUGUUGGAUCUAAAGAGGCCACAAAUUUGACCACUGUAGUGACCACUAGAAAGUCGAAACCCUAAAGUGGCCACUAAGAAUUCUCCCCUUUGAUGUAUUCGUUUUUUCUUCGAAGCCUAGGGCGCAUAAAUGUUCUCACAGAGCUCGUUUCCAGAUUUUGAGUACCGAUUUGAAAAUCAGCUGAAAAAACUGCUUUUAUCUGACAGAAAAAGCUUUCCAAUAUUUCUAUUCCUGGAUUUUCUGAAAAGAAAACUCUAGUGACCACUUAAUUGGCUCCCUAAGGACUACUUAGAGAGAACACUAAAGUGCCCACUAAAAAUACCCCUAUAGAAGCCACUACUUUGAGUCCUAGUGGCCACUACAGUGGUUUCAAAGGGUCUAGUAGUACUAAAGACUCCUAAAGAGACUUAAGAGGCCACUAACUCGACUGCUAUAGUGACCACUAGAAAGUCGAAACCCUAAAGUGACCACUUAACAUUUUCCCGGUUGUUCUCACAGACCUCGCCUGCAGAUUCAUAAACAGCUGAAAAAACUGAAUUUCCUAAACUUGAUCCCUCUGAAAAAGCUUUACCAUAAUUCUAUUCGCGAAGUUCAAACCACAAACAUUUAUCGUUUACAGAAGAAGAAUCCUCUGGAAGACGCCAAGCCGAGCAAUUCCGACGAUCGGAGCUCCCCACUGUUUUAUUUCGCCGACGUUUGUGCCGGUCCGGGCGGCUUUUCGGAAUAUAUGCUCUGGCGCAAGGGUUUUUAUAACGCCAAGGGGUUCGGCUUCACCUUGGAUGGUUCGUUUUGAAUGAAAAAAGAUAUUUCUGGAAAGAAUAAGUUUUUUGGAAGGUUAAGCACGGCGUUUUUUGACAACGCCCCGCCUAUUUUUUUUCUGCCCGUAAAAUUUAGUGUGUAGUGUGCAUACACGGCGGCGCUCUCGCACAUGCCAUGUUAAAAAAAUCUCUGAAUUUUUUUAAAUUUUUCGUUAUAUUUUUCCACUCUUUGACGGCUUUUUUGAAACUCGCGAAAUCACUUAAACAGGAAUAUUGCGUUUUCUGAGAAAUAAAUUUGUCUCAUGACCCAUUGAACAUGCGCCUUUAAAAUUCCCUCUUUUUACGGUUGCUGGUUUCGACUCCGCCCCCUUCAUUUGGGUUUUGCAUUUUCUUCCACUGACAAGAAUGCCGUGUAAGAAAUAAAAUCUGAUAAAAUCACUGAAAUUAAAAUUUUCCAAAAAAACGCCCAAACUUCAAUUUAAUCUAUGUAAAUCAAGUUUCUAGGAAGAAAUUCGCCCUAUCAGUGGUUUUUUUGUGUCCUAAAUCGUAAAAAGCGAUUUUUUUCGAUUUCAAGCAGAAACUUUUUUGGAAGUAACGUGAAAGUUGAUGAUUUUUUUAGAAGCGAUUCUAAAGGAAAUGAAGAAAAUUUUCCUUUUCUGUCGCGUUAAUUUUUUUAAAAAAAGUCACGUUUUUUUAUCAAUUCUUGUCAUUUUCUACUAGAAAAAAAUUCAACAGAAAUCCUUUUUGAACUUUUUUUUUUUUUAGGAAAAGACGACUUCAAAUUGCACAAGUUCUGCGCCUCGUCCGCCUAUUAUUUCGAGCCCUACUACGGGGUGAAAAAUAAUGGUGACGUCACGGAUCCCGAAAAUAUUGAUUCUCUGGAGGAUUACGUUUCCAAAGGUGCCAAAUAAUCCAAUAAAAGUUUAAUCGAAAUGUUUUUUCCAGGAACCAAUGGCCUUGGCGUUCAUUUGAUGAUGGCCGACGGGGGUUUCAGUGUCGAGAAACAGGAAAAUCUCCAGGUGAAAAAUGGGAAAUCAACUUUUUUUUCCAUAAUUGACUACGGAACGUUAUUAAAUUUUGUGGGAGUUAAAAAAAAGAAACAGAAACUUUCCCAAAAGUUUUCUUUGAGUUUGGAAGAUUUGCAUCGUGAACUUCGAAACAUCUUUGAAAGGAAAAAAAAAUUAAAUAUUCCAGGAAAUCCUCUCAAAACGACUGUAUCUGUGUCAAUUGCUCGUUUCCCUGUGUAUCGUUAGAGAAGGCGGCAACUUUUUUUCUGCAAACUUUUCGACAUUUUUCACUCCUUUUUAGGUACUUUAAAAAAAUAUCUAUUUGAUAUUGAAUCUAUGAAUUUUAAGCGCCGGGUUGGUUUACCUGAUGAGAAUUUGUUACGACGAUGUUUCGCUGCACAAGCCGCACACUAGCCGACCGGCCAAUUCGGAAAGGUUUUUGAGGGAAGAAAAGAAAAAUUUAGGGGUAAACUUGUUUUUGAGGAUAUUUCUAUCGGUGAAACAUCGUGCUAGAAAUGUUUUUUUUUUCGUUUCCGGGAAUAUAAGAAAAUUUCGAGAGGAAACAGUUCAUAAAACCCCUUUAGUGACCGAAAAACUGGUCCCUUUAGGGGUUGAGGGUCUGACCCCUUUGCCCCUAAAGCUGACCCUAUAGGGGUUUUUCAAUUUUAAUCAAAAAACGCUUAUUCAUUCAGUUUUUCGCAUGGAAAUGCUUCUUCCCAUAGAGUCUAUAACAAUUAUCGACUAGCAUGUCCCCUAUAGGGGCCACUAAUUAAAACCCCUCUAGGGACCGCUUUUGCAAGUUUUAGAGGUUGGUAAAGGGACCAAUUUUGCAGUCCCUAUAGGGUUGGCAAGUUUUGGUUCCUAAGGUUGCCCUAUAGUGACCGCUCAAGAGCUCCUCAAGAGAAGUCUUUCUUGAAAAUUUUUUUGUACUUUUUUGAAAGAAUAACUCUCUAUUUUCCAGUUUCUGCUCUGAAUUUACGUUACCCUGUUGAUGAAAAAUAGAAAUUUUCUCUAGGUAUAUCAUCUGCAAAGGCCUGAGAAAGGAGUUCAGUGACGUCGUGCGAGAUUACUUGAAAAGGUUUCGAAAUCCAGGAAACAAAAAAUAGAUUUUAUUCAAUUUUUUAGGGUCAACCGAAAAAUCGGAGAGCUGAAGAAUCGCGAAGAUCCCAAUGACGUUCAGGAGAUCGUUCCCCAUAGUAUUAUGCAGUCUGACGAGGAUUUCUUCACUUAUCUUGUGAAACAUAAUCAAAAGUGCGUAGUCCUUAUUGAAAACAAGGGGGAAAUUCGCUCUACCGCAAUUUCAAAAUUGAAAAAAAUUUUCUAAUUUUUUGAGAGAAAAGCAUAGAAAAAUCAAACAGGGUUUGAAAAAAUGGGUUUUUUCUGAAAAAGGAGCUAUUUCGUAGGAAGAAAAUUCGCCCCAUCGCAAACUGGCCGGAAAAAAAAAAUCAUUUUAAGGCUCGCCCAGCGCCAAACCGUCUACCUGCAAAAAUACCUGAGUUUCUCCAGAAACCAGGGACUUUUCGAUAAAGAUCAGGUUUUGAAAAUAGAAAUUUUCAUGUUCAAUUAUUGGUUUCAGGGUAAUUUGCGAGACGAUUGCUUGAAUUAUUGGAUGGUUCCGAAUCGGAAAAGGGCGCGAGAUCGCGAACGUGUCAGAGAGUCGCUCAAUGCCGCAUUCGUUCUGGGGAUUUACACCAAAAAGGUAGGAAUGAAAAGUAUUUGGAACCGAUUUUUGCGAUUUAACAUGCUCGAAAUUGACCAGAUUCGAACUUCUAGGGGGAUCAAAUGGCAAAUGUGAGAAUUUUUUACUCGGUCAAAGUCGAAUGGGGGAAAAUGGCCGCUAAAAGGCUCAAAAAAGGCCGUAAAAAGGGAGCAAAGCGAGUCCCUUUAUUGUGUCUUCCAUUUUUCUGUUAUUUUAAAGGCUCAAAAAAUGGCGAGAGGCAGCAAAAAUGGAGCAUAAAAGCCGAUGAAAGGGCGCAAAGAGGCUGCGAAAAGGAAAAUUUAUACGGAACCUUUCCCCACCUUUUCCUAUUUUGCUUAUGUAGAACUAAUUUUUGUGGGUUGGUGCUGUAAAUGGUCCAAAUUUUUUUCUGAGCUGGAUCGUUUCAAAUCAAAAAAAGGUAAACUCGAAACAUAUUUAAAAAUUCAAAAUUUUUGAAAAAAAAUAAGGAAUUUGAAUUUUUUUGAAAAAAAGGCUAAAAAUUAUUUUUUUCUUCCAGUAGAUAAAAAAAGAUUUCCAAAUUCACACGCUGUUCGAUAAUCUAGAAGAUAGGAAAACUAUUCUCAAUAAAAUAGAUAAACUUAUAAGCGAAAGCGGGAAGGGUCGAAAAAAGUUCCACCGAAAUGUUCCUUUUUAGGUGACAAAAGCUCCUUUUUUGCUGCCUUUGUGCACCAUUUUAUCGACCUUUUUGCACCAAUUUUGCUGUUUCCCCCUUUUUCCACCAUUUCCUGAGCCCCUAAGAGUCUAGAAAAAUGGAAGGCUCGAUAGAGGAACCCUUUUUGCUGCCUUUUUGCCGCAUUUUUUGAGCCUUCCCUUUCAGCGGCCAUUAUCCACCCUUCUGACUUUGCCCUCACUUGGAACACGGAAUUAUUGAAGAGUUAUUGCUCCAUUUUUGAGGAAGAAAAAGGUGAAAAAAAAUGAGAUCCGAGAAACUUUUGACACUUUUUUAGAAACUCAAAAAGAAGCUUUACACUUUGUUUGAGGCCUUUUUAGGCCGUUUAGACUUUUCCUGUGUUUCCCCCGAACAACACGGGAAUGAAAAUCUCAAAAACAUGAACAAUUCGGACAGAUGAUGGGCGCCAACGACUUCAACGUCCGGACUCCCGAGUUUUCGCCGCGGAUGUUGGAACAAUCCAACGAUAAACACUACAAACACGCUGAAUUCCGAUUCGUGAGGCUUUCGGAGCGGAGCAAUCCCUACCUUCUCGUCGCCACCAGCGUGGGUUUCAGAAUUUCGAAAGAGGGUCUCAUGAAAAUAAUGAAAAUUAAGGUUUAGAGUCGAGAUUUUGAUCAGUUUUUUUUCAUUUGAGAAGAAGCGUUUCCAUGUGAAAAAUUAAAUAAAUAAGCGUUUUUUUAAACGGAGUUGAAAGACCCCUAUAGGGACCACUUGAGCUUUAGGGGAUGUGGGACCUUGAACCCCUAUAGAGACCACCGUGAUUUUUACCCCUAUAGGGGCCACUCUGGAAUUUUUAAAGUUGUAAAAAUUUCCGAUAAAAUAUUUUACAAAAAAAAAAAUCACUACAACUCCAGGACGCGAUUUUCGUCCACAAAGGCUAUUGGGAACGGAUGGAGAACGACCUGGCCCGAAUCCCCGAAAGCACCAUUUUGUUGGUCGAACCGACGACAGAACGUGUUCGGGUUGGAGUUUGAGAGAAAUGAAAAGUGAUGGCAAAGGUUCCAGAAUGGUAAUCGGAUCUCGAAGGGGACCCAGGAGAUUUUCCGGAUCAUCGACGCCGCCGUCCUCAACGGCGACGACGUCUCCAUGCUCUCCUAUGAACAGCGCAUGACGGCCGCAAGGAAGUUCGCCCUGGCCCUUCAGAGGGUUCGUUUCGAGGCAAUAAUGAUAAUCGAAUGGUAAAACGAAGUCAAAUAUGAGUGGAAGCGAGAGAUCAGCUAAGCUUGAAGAGACGUUAGAGAAAAAGAGAAGAAAAAAAUCGCUACACUAUUCUGUCUAGAGAACCGUAUAGGAAAGUAGAUGAGAGAUCAUUAAAAGCCUGUAGAGACGCCAGAGAAGCUAGAGAACUUUUCUUUUCUGUCGGUUGUCUCAUCAGUACACUAUUAUCCCUCGCUUUUCCUUUGGGUACGGAUUUCUGAGAAUAAAGCGUACUACAAAAAGAUAAGGGAAGCUUAAGAGACCCCAGAGAAGCUAGAGAAAAUUUUUCGUCUGGUGUCUCUUUAGUAAGCUGUUGAUCUCUCGCCAUUUUUUUUUCUGAGUUUUCACAUGUCUCAGUGUACAGUCUGUUUAAUUAGCAAUAGGACACAUUUGCUUCAAAAAAAGAUUAUUUAAACGUUGUUUGCAUUUUUUCAUUUUUUCAUUUUUCGAAAUAAAUUUAAGGUGAACGCGCAAGUUCGGAAAGGCUGGGGAAAUCGGUCGAAGAUUAUUCGGCCGCACAUUUUGACGGUUGCUGACGUCUUCUCCUUCAAUGAACUGGAAAAUGUUGGUUUUUGAUUUUCAAUAUGAGGAAUCAUGUGUUUUCUGUCGUUGUUUGUCGAUGUGAGUAACUUAGGAACUCCAGAGCGGUUCCUAUAGGGGUAGUGUUAGGGACCCCUUCACCAACCCCUAUAGGGGCCACUGAAGCUCGCAAAAGUGGUCUUACGGAGUUUUAGUUAGGGAUUCCUAUAGGGGACAUGCUAGUCGAUAAUUUUUGUAAGCUAUAAUUGAAAAAUUAAGCGUUUUUAAAUGAUGUUGGAAGACCCCUGUAAAGACCACUUAAGCUUCAGGGGCUCAGAGGACAGACCCGAAACCUCUAUAGGGACCACCUAGAUGUUAUCUCUAUAAGGACCGCUUUUUCGGCUCUAUAGGGACUGUUUUACACUCUAACCCCUUUAGGGGCCACCCUAAAAUCCCUAAGAAAAGCCUCCCAAGUCGUCCUAGAGUGAUGGUACAGGAUUUUGAGAGUUUAUUUUAGCUUUUUUCACUUCAACUUAUCUAGCACGAGAUGGGAUUUGAUCAGAAAAGUUCACAUUUUCUGAAACUGCAGAUGAAAAACGAGAUGGAGCUGGUCAACUUCCAAAACGAGUCGCAUCCGCUGUUCACCGAGUCGGGCUAUUCGAUGGUUUGCUCGGGCCUACGAUUCUGCCGAGUGAUCCGACGUGAGAAACGCGAAAAUCCCGUUUUUGAUUUCAUGGCCAUCUUCUCCAGAAGAUUGGUGCAUGGCCUACUCGAGGAGCCAGUCGUUGAUCUACGCCUACAAUCUCCAGAACAAGGCGAUCGGCUCGAUUUUCGAGAGAGACUUUGAGAGGUGAAACAAGGGGGAACUUUGAUGAAAUCACAAGAAGAAAACUGCAGAAAUGAGGUCUGGGCGUCGUUCUGGGACACGGCGAUGAUGAAGGAGAACGAGAAAAAGGAGACGUUGCGUCGGAUGGCCGACGACCCCCGCAACGCCUACGUAUCCCAGUGCGUCUGGAAGUGGCAGAUCUGCGGUCCGUUUAAGGAAUUACGGUUUCAAGCUGAGACAACGAGAGAUAUUAGACGAAAUUGCUUUGAAAAUCAUCUCCAGUGGUUCCUCAAUCUCUCCACCCCUUGAGUGACCACAUGAAAAUUUUCCCUGUUCACUAGAACUUUGGCUCGGCAGGAAAGCUAAGAAAAGACACUAAAGCGGUCACUUAGAUUUUUAAGAAAACCAUUCUUUAGGAGUUAGCGGAGUUACCUGAGGCUCUUCUUGCUGACCUCUUAAGUGGCUACUCAAAAUUGGCUCGUUAAAUUGCGUCUAGAGCUUAAAGGGUCACUUGAAUUAUUUCUCAAAAUGCUUAGAUUUCGCCGCUAAAGCUGUCACUUCAAAUUGACCACUCAAGUAGGCACUUACCUUGAAAAUUCUUGAAAAGGAUAGCGGAGCCGUAGAACUUGAAAUCUCGAGAAUUUUUUUCAGUGGUUCGGCUUAUUCAAGUGGUCACUUUAGGAUUUUUGAGAACCUCUUUAGUGAUCCUCUUUUCUCUAAGUGACCGGUUUUUCCGUACUAACAAAGAUUUUAUCUUAAAGGAGCACUCUAUAAGAAUUACUUUAGUGGUAACUUAACUAAUGAUUAAAUUUUCGAGAGGUUCUCUCAAUUGACUACUUAAGAGUUUCCCUAGAUAUCCGGCGUUUUUUGGCUUGUCCUAUUCAAUUGGUCACUUUAGACAUUUUUAAAAAUCUCUUAAGUGACCUUCUUAAAACUCUCAAGUAACCACUCAAGAGUUUCCAAAUAAUAAAUCAUUUCCAGUUGAAAACACGUAUGGACCGAGAGCGAUCAUGACGGAAGAUGAGCACAAAGGCGGCCCCACUGUUUCUUCGAUUAUGGCGGCUGUCAAUCACAUUGACAAGCUUUGUGGCAUCGCCUAG